CGCCGCCGUGGCAGGAGCCGGGCCUCUAGGGAGCGAACUGCCCAAACAGGAGGAGGGGAAAGAGCGGGAGAACACGGCACUGCAGGGCUUCGCUUACGGCAUGAGCGGGGACUGCGGCUCAGACAUGGCAGCUCAGGGGGUGGGGGGCGGAGUCAGCUCACUAAUGGCCCUCGGCGAGGUCAGAGGUGGGGCCAUGUGUAGAGGGGAGGGGCUGGGUGUGGCCGGGGGCGGGGCCAUGCUGAAGUCCACCAGCUGCUCGCAGGAGAUCAACUACAUGCUGAACCCGGAGCGCGGUGUGAAUGUGGGCGUGCAGAACAUCGCCGCCAACGAGCGCGGUCACAUGGGGUCUCCCAGCGGCAUGGGCCUGGAGCUGGUGGAGCGAUUCAACGACGAUGACGAGAGAGAUGCGCAUGACACGGACCGAGACAGACAGACGGCGCACACGCGCAAACAAAGACAGCCGCUGAGACUGCAGGUGCUGGCUGGAGAGCAGGUGGUGGUGAAGGAUGAGGAUGGUCUGUUUGAGAUGGACGAGAGAGCAAACGCAGCGCACCAGCCCGCCUACGCACAGGGUGGGUUCUUCGAGGACUCUACUGUGUUCUCAGGUGGCUUCUGGUCUCAGGCGGAUCCGCAGGCGUCUCUGGGCUCAAACCCUCGCGGCCGGGUCAGCAAACCCCUCUCUCCUCCACCGCCACCCUCCCAGAGCCUCAGCAGCCAGAUGCUGUUCCAGUUUCCUGCCAGCGAAUCACAGCAGCCGUCCUUCUUUGUGGGCGGACCCAUGGUGAUCGACAGCCUGGCUGAAUCAUGCCA